UCAUCGCCCUUCCUGAGUAUACAGAGUCUGAGAAUAGACCACCUUCAACCACCCUGACCUACCACACCAUUGAGGUGGUUUCCAACACAAGCAACUUUCCACCGAUAUAAAAGGGAGUCCCGUUCGGCCAAAUCUAGACACUCCAGCCCCACGAUUAGUGCAUCCCUACAGAGUCAAAUUUCAUCCAAUUUCCGUCCCUCCGGGCUCGAUACAUCACCUUCUACAACUAGCAAAUAGAGAUCUUAUUAAGACUCUAUAUUAUGCUGCUAAAGGUGCAGACGAAAAUGCAGUUCGCCGUCUCAUAGAUGAUGAUGAAAUGUUUGAAGGGAAGCAGGUACUGCCUUUACAGCCCUGCACCAAACUGCUAUGAGAGGCUAUCUUGCCAUCACAAGCUCCCUUCUUGAAAGUGGCGCUGAUCCACAGGCGAAGAAUGACCAGGGUUAAACCGCCCUUCACCUGGCAGCGAGAAAUGGAAUGGUAUCAGCGGUGCAGAUACUUCUAGACCACGAAGCGUUGGUGAACGCUGCCAGCCACAAUGGCAAAACCGCGCUCCACAAAGCUGCGAAAUGGAAACCGCCUUGCUACUGUGGAGCUACCCCUUGAUCAUGGAGCUGAUGUGAAUACUUUAGAUGCUUUUUUUUAGAUGCUUUUUUUAUGACGUGGGUGGACGUGGCUGCAGCACAGCUGAAUAGCGGGCCUGUCGUCGAGCUUUUUCUGGAGAGAGGGGCCGAUGUGAAGAAUGAUUAUGUGUCCAAGGCGCUAUUCGGAUAGUGGAGGUAGCUACUGUUUCUCUUCUGCUUGAGCAUGGAGCAAGGGUGAAGCCGUAACUCUGGCUGAUCAGUGCUGCGUGCAGCGGUUGUUAGUGCGUCCAUUGCAAUCAUUAGGUAGGAAUGUUGCUAGAUCACGGUGCAAAUAUUGAAGAAACAGAUGAGAGUGAACGCUCGGGGGUUCAAUGGCAACUCCACUAUGGAAUUGGCAUCAAUUUACGGCCAUGAAAAGGCAUAUGGAAAAAAAGCGCGGACCAGGACAAGUUCUCACACCUCUAGGGAAGUUUCCCAGUCCAUAUAUGGGGCAGCGCGAUCCAGCACCAGGUUUUGUGUCAAUAUUUGCUUGCGAAAACUACACCUCAGAGGAAGCGUAGGACAAACUGACUGUACAUACAUCCGAUCCGAAGCCAGAUUCCUCAGAUCAAAUGUCCUCGACAUCUGCAUGUGGCGUAACCAGGCUAAAAUUUACAACCUUCAAAGCUACAUACUGCGGUAGCCGCCAUUAUCGCCCCUGGCGCGAUAUUGAGAAAGCUAUUCAGAUCUUAUUGCGAUCGAUCCCACUCAACCCGCAUAUAUAUGAAGGCAGGGUAUCGUAUCUGGAUUCAGCUAUCCGAGUCUUUGAGCGAGUUGCUGACGCCUACGAGCGAAUGAGGGGCUAUUCUAUAUCACUGUUUCCUGAGGUGUUCAUUAAUGUGCCUAUAGAAAAUGUAUAGCCGCCGCAUCAAAGACUGGCAGAUGUCAUCAUUUAUGGGUGGAAGCUUUAUCGUCGGGGAUGCGACGUGCAUAAGAAAGUCCCAAUGAGGCAGCUAGUGCAUAUGAAAUGCGGAUUGAGGGGGGAUAGAUAAAAAGGAAAGAAAAAAUAGAAUAAAAUAGAAUAAGACAAAA